AUGCAGGUCGACCGAAACAAGGACGAUGAUCAAGAAACGAUAGCAAAGGAUCUGCGUUGGGCGGCUCUACAGCGGGUUCGUUGGUCGCGCUUGUCAGGUCGACGUGUCCUGCCGGAUCUUGCGAUUUUCCUGCACGGACCUUUGCAAGAACUCGUUCUUCACCCAACUCUCCUUCUUCCUGUCCACCACAAAUCCAUCCCUCACCCUGUCAUCGGGAUCCUCCAGGGUGUCGGAACGAUGGAUCGACUACUGAACCUUCAAACGGCGCUCUCGCUCGGCUACGUCGGGAGUAUGGUGCUCGCCGCUCACUUGCUGUCCGUCUCCGUCCUUCCUCGCACCGCCUCUCGCAAAACCCGCGGUAUCUUCCUCUGGCUCGUCUUCGACGCGAUCUGUCACCUCACCCUCGAAGCGUCCUUCCUCUACCUCUCCACCCAAAACCGGACCGUCAACGCCUCCUCCUCGUUCUUCGGUCAGCUGUGGAAGGAGUACGCACUAGCGGAUGCACGAUGGGGUACGGCGGACGCAACGCUCGUAGCGAUGGAGUGGGUGACCGUGCUGCUGGCGGGUCCGUUGGCGGGGUACUGCGCGUGGCUGUUGGCGAAAGGAGAUGUGGGCUACCACUACUGGGUGGUGGUGCUGUGUACGGGGGAGAUUUAUGGUGGGUGGAUGACGUUCGCGCCGGAGUGGUUGACGGGGAGUGCGGGGUUGAAGACGGACGAUUGGUUGUUGCUGUGGGGGUAUCUGGUGGUGAUGAACCUGGUGUGGGUGGUGGUGCCGAUUUGGCUGAUGGUGGACAGCUAUGGGUUUGUGGUGGAGAGUUUGCGGACGAGUCGUGUGGAAGAUACGACGGUCGUCGGAAGGAAUGACAAGGAAAGGAGGGUUGAGAAGGUCAAGGCGCCGACGAUGGCGCGCAGCUUGACUUCGACGAGAGGCCUUUCCGGCUCGGCAUACCUUUUAGCUCUCGCAGCGCUGUUCAUCUACGUCAUGCCCACAGCAGCAGCCGCGCAGCAGACGUACGAUCCCCUGGCAACAACGACCUUACUACCCAUUCCUCCUUCCGACCGCUCUGAACCCUUCACCACCACCCUGCGCAACUUUUUGGUGCCUCUGCUCCUCCCGCUCGGCCUGCUCACCUUUUCGUUCAGCGUCGGUGCCGUCCAAGUCGCAGACAAGGCGCUGCGCAAAACGCGCAAGUCCAACCGCAUCCGUCGACGCAAAUUCCUCUCCACCCUCGACAUCGACGAGAAGACGCAGGGAGCUCGGAACAUCGUCGGCUUCUUCCACCCGUACUGCAACGCCGGUGGUGGCGGAGAACGUGUUCUGUACGAAGCUGUGCAGCUGCACCUUGCGUUGGAUCCGAAGUGUAUCAUCGCUGUGUACACGGGUGACUUUCCUGGUGCGUCGAAGGAGGAGAUCCUCGGCAAGGCGUCGAGUCGAUUCGGAAUCGAGCUGGAUUCCAGCCGAAUUCUCAUGAUCCCGUUAGGCAGACGCUGGAUGGUGGAGGAUACGACGUGGAAACGUUUCACGCUGUUGGGGCAGAGCUACGGCAGCAUAUGGUUGGCGUUCGAGGCGCUGUCGAGCUUGAUACCCGAUGUGUACAUCGACACGAUGGGGUACGCAUUCACCUUCCCAGUAGCCAGACUGUUCAAACGCGAUCUUCCCGUAGGCGGGUACGUCCACUACCCGGUCAUCUCGACGGAUAUGCUCGAGAGGGUGAGGAGUCGGGUCGGCGGACACACGAAUGCGUCGAGCGCGAAUUCGAGCGUCAAGACGUUUGUCAAACUGGCGUACUACAGGUUGUUCGCGUGGGUGUACGGGUGGGUGCUUAGGCGGGCGGAUGUUGUCGUUGCGAAUGGCAGUUGGACCCAGGCACAUCUGAAGCAACUCACGGGAAAGCCAGUUGAAAAAGUCUACCCGCCUUGCGAUACGGACGAGAUGGCCGGGUUCGCACUCGAAGCACGAACGCACACCAUCGUUUCCCUCGCCCAGUUUCGUCCAGAAAAGGAACACCCCCAGCAACUGCACAUCCUCCGCGAACUCCUCUCCACCCACCCGCACUUAGCGAACACCGUCAAACUCGUCAUCAUGGGUAGCUCGCGCAACGUCGACGACGAGCACCGCAUCUCGCUGCUCCGACAACUCUGCACUUCGCUUCAGCUAGACGAUCACGUCGAGUUCGUCGUCAACGCCGACUUCAAAGAAAUCCUCAAAAGGCUGCAGACGGCAAGUGUAGGCGUCAGCACCAUGAAGGACGAACAUUUCGGGAUCGGCGUCGUCGAGUUCAUGGCGAGCGGCUUGGUGACGGUCAGUCAUAGGUCGGCGGGUCCGUGGUUGGAUAUCGCCGUUCCUUCGGCGAAUCACCCUCUACCGAAGGAGAAGGCUGCAGCGAUACAGCAGGAAGGGAAGGAAGUGGCGGUGGGGUAUCACGCAGAAACAGUGGAGGAGUUCGCGUCGGUGCUAGCCGAGAUCUUUGAACUGCAGGACAAGAACCCAGACAAAGUGCUGCAGAUGAGGGAGGCUGCGAGGGAAAGAGCGAGACGUGUUUUCGGGAGAAAGGCGUUUGUCGAGGCAUGGCAAGAGAAGCUUUGGUCGAGGUUGGAGGGCAAGACGCAGAAGAUAAACAAGCAAAACAAGAAGGAUCAAUGA